ACCCGUAAGUUACCAAAUUGCUUAUUAUCAUUGUUUUCUUUCCUUAUUCGAAAAUGGCAAAUGCGAUUAACGUUAACCCGUACAACGUAAAUACUGAUUGGGAUGAAUACGUUGAACAAUUGGAAGAAUUCUUUAUAGCAUCCGAUAUCGCCGACGACAGAAAAAUGGUGGCUACUCUUCUUAGUCAAAUGGGUCCGGUGGCUUACAAAUUAUUAAGGAACCUUUGUCUCCCAGAUAAACCUUCUUCGAAGACAUUUGCUGAUUUAAAAAGUAUAAUGAGGUCCCAUAGAAAUAAAUCAGUCAGUAUUAUUUCCGAGAGAGCGAACUUUACUCGCCGGGUACAAAAAGAAGGAGAAUCGAUUAACGAUUUUAUAGUUUGUUUAAAAUCAUUAAGUGAAAAGUGUGAUUUUGGAGAUUCCCUUGCUUCACGUUUAAGAGAUCAAUUCGUGUCGGGCUUGUACGACCCUAGGAUUCGUUCAAAUCUAUUUGCUAAAAAUGAGUCGGAAUUAGACCUUCAGAAAGCGAUCAAUUAUGCUAUUGCUAUGGAACAAGCUCUGAUUGAUGCAGGUCGUUUCAAUAAAUUGCCACUCGAAAACGAUUGUUUUAAAAUUCGUUCCACAAAGUUCUCUAACAGAAAGAAGGAGUUUAGUGAGAAUAGUCCUAGAGAUAAAACUAAGUUUGAAACAAAGAAAACCAGUACUUACAUCUGUAAAUCUUGUGGAAGCAAAAAUCAUUCCCGUGAGAAUUGUAGAUUUAGAACAUUUACCUGUAAUAAAUGUGGCAUUCUUGGUCAUAUUGCAAGGGUUUGUGGAAAAACUAAACAUUCUCAUGUGAGCAUACACCAACUAUCUCAUACUGACAAAGAUUCAAAUGAUUACUUAGAGAUAGAUAAUUCAUCUUAUUUAAAUCUUUUCAAUAUUCAAGAUGUCUCCACACCAGUUCCACCUAUUAUUCUCACUCUUUCUAUUAAUAAGAAGAACAUUAGUUUUGAAGUUGAUACUGGCUCCCCACUUUCCAUCAUUUCUGAAUCCACUUUCAACAGAGACUUAUCAUCCUUUUCUUUACAUGAGUCUAAACAUUUUCUUUGCACAUAUGGAAAUUUCAAGUUGAAUGUAUUAGGAUUUAUUAUAGUACCAGUUCUUUACAAUCGUUCUCGCCAUAAACUUCGUCUUUAUGUGGUUCGUCAUGGUAAUGCUAACCUCAUUGGAAGAGAUUGGAUUCGAGAGUUAAAGCUCUCAUGUAAAAUCAAUAGUAUUACUCCCAAGAUUCCUCAUACAAACUCUAAUCUGCUUUCUCUACUAGACAAAUAUUCUACUGUAUUUUCUGAAGGCAUCGGAUGUUCUAAAUCAAUAUUCCUUCAUUUAACGUUAAAACCAGAUGCACAUCCUAUUUUUCUGAAGCCAAGGACAGUUCCUUUUUCCCUCAGGGAUAAAGUUGAAGCAGAGUUAUCUAGGUUAGAAAAGGCUGGAGUUAUUUCUAAGAUAUCCAACAGUGCUUGGGCCACACCUAUAAUUCCAGUAGUUAAAAAUGAUGGUAGUGUUAAGAUAGCUGGACUUUUCAAUCUAACCUUGAAUAAGAUGUUACAAAUAGAUGUCCAUCCAAUUCCUCGUUUGGAAGAAAUCUCUAUGAAACUACUUGGAGGUGAGAAGUUCUCUACCUUUGACUUAAGUGAUGCCUAUAACCAAUUCCAAUUGGAUGACGAAAGUAAAAAUUUAGUGGUUAUCAACACUCAUCUUGGAUUGUAUAAGUGCAAUCGUCUUUUAUAUGGUAUUGCUUCUGCCCCUGCUUUAUUUCAAAGAGCUAUGGAAAAAUUAUUCUCUACCAUUCCAAAAACGCAACCAUAUUUUGAUGACUUGGUUACUUCUGGUACAAAUCAUUCAGACCAUUUGAGUAAUAUUGAAAGGAUCCUAUCCAUUUGUGAAACAGAAGGAAUCAAACUAAACAAACGAAAGUGCAAAUUCUUACAAGAUUCUGUAAAAUUUUUAGGAUUUGAUAUUUCAAAACAAGGAAUUGCUCCUUUAUCAUCAAAACUGGAUCCUAUAUUAAAAGCUCAUAAGCCUCGUAAUGUUCAUUCUCUACGCUCGUUCCUAGGUAUGUUGAACUAUUAUUCUAAAUUUGUACCUAAACUGUCUACUUACCUACACCCCCUUUACAAACUCUUACGUAAAGGAUGCUCUUGGAUCUGGACAAAAGAGCAUGAAUCUGCUUUUCAAAGUGCAAAAAACUCACUAAAACAAGCUAAACUUCUCAUACAUUAUGAUCCUAACAAAGAAUUAUACUUGGCUACAGAUGCUUCUCAAUUUGGUGUCGGCGCUGUUCUUUUCCAUAUUAUCGACAAUGUAAAACGUCCUAUUUCAUUUGCUAAUGCUUUACUUUCGCCUGCUCAACGUCGAUAUUCUCAGACAGAAAAAGAGGCACUAUCCAUUAUUUUUGGUAUCAAGAAAUUUAGACAAUAUCUUCUUGGUCGUCAUUUCAUUCUAGAAACAGACCAUAAGCCUUUACUUGCAAUUUUUGGUGAUAAAAGAGGACAGAAUGAGAUUGUAGCUGCUAGACUACAAAGAUGGAGCAUCAUACUGAAUGAUUAUAAUUAUACAAUUAAGUACAUUUCUUCCGCAACUAAUAUCAUAGCUGAUGGCCUUUCCAGAAAUACUACUAAUGAUCUAUUCAUAGAAGAUUUUAGUAAUUCAAUUCCAAGUUCAUUAUUUAAUUUGCAAUUUGAUUCCCUUCCUUUUACCAAUAGUGCUUUUAUAGAAGCAUCUCGUACAGAUAAACUUUUCAAUGUUUUGCGUAAGUGCAUCAAGAAUAAUUGGCAUCAGGUAAAUACAGCUGUUAAGCCAUUUCUUAAAUUCAAGGAUUCCCUUUCUCUAGAAGGAAACUUAAUAUUUAUGGGUGAUAGAAUAUUCGUUCCUGAGAAAUUUCGCAGAAAUGUUCUUAUUGAAUUACAUUCGGGACAUCAAGGUAUCGUUAAAUCGAAAAUGUUAGCAAGAUCAAUUGUUUGGUGGCCAGGCAUUGAUAGUGAUCUAGAACGAACAGUGAAAGAAUGUAUUUUAUGUCAGUCAUACCAUCGAAAUCCUCCCUCUACCAAUACUUUAAGAUGGCCAAUUCCUGAAGAACCUUGGAGUAGAGUGCAUAUCGACUUCGCUGGACCUUUCCUUGGAAAAAUGUUUCUAAUAGGUAUUGAUGCAAAAACUAAAUAUCCUGAAAUUCAAAUAAUGCAAUCCACAGAUUCUUCUGCUACUAUUCUGGCACUUAGAUCUUGGUUUAGUCGUCAUGGCCUUCCAUUACAUGUUCAUUCUGAUAAUGGCCCUCAAUUCACAUCUCGUGAAUUCAGAAUGUUUUUAGCACAAAACGGAAUUCGUCAGACAUUCUCUCCGCCGUACCAUCCUGCAACUAAUGGAGCAGUUGAAGGAUUUAUCAAAACGUUUAAGUCGUCCUUAAAAAAAUUAAGUCGUGAAAAGGAUUUAAUGACAUCCCUCCUCCAAUUCCUUACUUCAUAUCGUACUACUCCUCAUUGUUCUACUGGUAAAACACCUAGUGAAAUGCUAUUCAACAGAAAACUUCGUUCAAGACUAGAUUUGUUGCGCCCUUUAACCUUAUCGGAUAACAACGUAGUUCGUCCACAGCGUUCUUUCAUGAUAGGAGACACAAUUUUUGCUCGUGACUUUUGUUCUAAAGAAUAUUGGGUUGCUGGUAAAGUUAUUCAGAAACUUUCACCUGUUACCUAUAACAUUGAGCUCCCUAAUGGUUCCAUAUGGAAACGUCAUAUUGAUCAACUGAGAUCUCGAUCAUCCUCAUCCCUCGAAUCUCAAGGUGCUUCAUUCGUUCCUCUUCAGCUGUGGUGGGAAGAAGAAAAUAAUCCUAUAGUUGAAAAUAUUCCCCAGAAAGACAACAUGAAAAAUUCAUCAUCAGAUACUGUCUUAACUUCAGACUCCUCUAGUACUCAAGAGUCAAGUCGUAGACAUCGUAAAACUCCUAGAUACUUACAAGACUAUGUUUGUAACUUCUCCUUAGGAGGGGAUGAUGCUAUGUAUCGCAGCGCCAUCUAUGGCAGUUCAAAUGUAUAUAUGUAGUAGCGCGCCUGCGCACUGCAGAGUUCUGCACCGUUAUGUACUUCAAUAAAGACGUGUUGAUUUAGCUGUUCAUGAGAAUCCGUUUCAAUCCUUUUUCGUAAUCUAAUUCCGACGUUAAUACAUACCUGUUAAGCCUAAUGUAAACUUUUUAAAAUAAUAAUUGUGGCUA